CGCGACCUCGGCUGAUGAGGUACGCCGCCGAACGAGCUUUGCCGUAGCGAGAGAGAGAGAGAGAGAGAGAGAGAGAGAGCAGGAGAGCGAGGGAAAUGGCGGAGGCGGACAUCGACGACCUUCCCAGGAACGACGCCAACCAUACGGCCCUCACGCCGCUCUGGUUCCUCGACCGCGCUGCCCUCGUCCACCCGAACCGCCUCUCCGUUGUCCACGGCUCCCGCCGCUUCACCUGGGCCGAGACCUACCGGCGGUGCCGCCGCCUCGCCUCCGCCCUGCACGCCCGCUCGAUCGGCCACGGCAAGACGGUAGCUGUAAUUGCACCCAACAUUCCGGCUAUCUACGAAGCUCAUUUUGGCAUUCCAAUGGCCGGAGCAGUCCUCAACACUGUGAACAUUCGGCUAAACGCUGCUACUAUCGCAUUUUUGCUAGGCCAUUCUUCCGCAACUGUUCUUAUAGUGGACCAAGAGUUCUUCAAACUAGCUGAGGAAGCUCUCAAAAUUUUAGCUGAGGAAAAGAGAACAGCUUUCAAGCCUCCUUUGCUUAUCGUUGUCGGCGAUGAAACCUGUGAUCCUGGCUCUCUCAAAUACGCUGUAGGAAAAGGCGCAAUCGAGUAUGAAAGAUUUCUGGAGUCUGGUGACCCUGAAUUUGCCUGGAAGCCUCCGAAGGAUGAGUGGCAUAGCAUUGCACUGGGCUACACUUCUGGGACAACAUCGAGUCCUAAGGGAGUGGUACUGCAUCACCGUGGCGCUUAUCUAAUGGCUCUCAGCUGUGCUUUGAUAUGGAACAUGACUGAAGGAGCCAUCUACUUGUGGACUUUGCCGAUGUUUCACUGCAACGGAUGGUGUUAUCCUUGGACCUUGGCUGCUCUUUGUGGGACGAGCAUAUGCCUGCGUCAGGUGACGGCCAAGGCUGUGUAUUCGGCAAUAGCCAAUCAAGGUGUCACCCACUUCUGUGCUGCCCCGGUUGUCUUAAACUCGCUCGUCAAUGCACCUCCAAGCGACACUAUUUUGCCUCUCCCUCGUACAGUUAAUGUCAAUACUGCCGGUGCUGCUCCGCCGCCAUCAGUCCUCGCAGAUAUGACCAAACUUGGCUUCCGAGUUACUCACAUGUAUGGCUUGUCAGAGACCUUUGGCCCGUCAGUUGUCUGUGCAUGGAAGCCUGAGUGGGACCAGCUUCCACUUGAUGAAAGGGCGCGUGUCCACUCCCGCCAAGGCGUCCGCUAUGUCGGCUUGGAAGGCCUUGAUGUGGUGAAUUUGAAAACCAUGGCGCCGGUCCCUGCAGAUGGAACCACCCUCGGUGAAAUCGUCAUGCGAGGGAAUGUCGUCAUGAAGGGAUACUUGAAGAACCCAAAGGCUAAUGCCGAGGCCUUUGCCAAUGGUUGGUACCAUUCCGGUGACAUAGGCGUGAAGCAUCCAGAUGGUUACAUAGAAGUCAAGGACCGCGCGAAGGACAUCAUCAUCUCCGGGGGCGAGAACAUUAGUAGCUUAGAGGUGGAGAGCCUUUUGUACAUGCACCCUGCAAUACUCGAGGUCUCAGUGGUGGCUCGACCGGAUGAACAGUGGGGGGAGUCCCCUUGUGCAUUUGUAACCUUGAAGAACGGCACUGACUCAUCGAACGAGCAGGCAUUGGCAGAGGACAUCAUCAAGUUCUGCCGUCAAAAAAUGCCAGCAUAUUGGGUCCCCAAGUCUGUCGUCUUUGGGCAGCUGCCGAAGACAGCCACCGGGAAGAUCAAGAAGCACGAACUGAGGACAAAGGCGAAAGCCAUGGGACCGGUCAAGAAGAGCAGGCUGUAAAUUUUUGGCUCUCACUGCUCUCUUCUCCACAUCAUAUCUCCAUUAUCAUCUUCUUUCUUUCCAGCACCGGUGUUGUUAUCCCUAUUAGUCGCAGUAGCAGCUGAAUUGUGAUGGCUCAUUAGCGAAGAAUGAGACAGUAGAUUGCUUUGCUCGAGGCCAAAGAUAUGACCU